AUGUCAACGAUAACAACGAUAACAACUAAUGAAAAUAAAAACAGCGGAAAUGAAGACAAAACUAUGGAUGACGCAAACAAUAUGAUGGGUGUUAUAGUCAUUAAAUCGUAUAAAAUUAACUCAGAAUUAAAUACAUACUUCAUACAGUUACCUCGAAACAAUAAGCUUGACGAUAUUCGCAAAAUACUCCUAAAAAAUGAAUACGAUAGUGAUAAUGAUCUCUAUAUGGGAUCAAAUUGUCGUUUUUUACAUUUUUUACAAGACAAAGCGGAAAUUAAACCAGAUGAUGAAUCUAAAUUCCGCCUUUUAGAUAUCGUUGACCAAAAGGAUGGUAAACAUCGUUUAUAUAUUAUUCAGAAGGCUGAAUUUGAUUUAACCCAAUUAAAGUUUGAAAAAGGAUUCAAAUUUAAUAAAGAUAGUUCUGUAACUAGUGCAUAUGUUCAAGCAUUCAAAAUCAAUUUUGAUAAAAUUAAGAUAAAUAAACAAUACCAGCAACAUGAAAAAGUAUAUGAAUGCAAUCACGAAACAACUGCAGAAUGUAAACGAUCCCUUAUAUUUGAUGUAAAUCUUUCAGCUGCUUUUCCAGAAUGGGUUUCUGCUUCUAUUAAAUUAUCGCAUGAAAAUUCAGGCCAAAUACUUAAGCAACAUAUGAUGAAUACCAGACAUUCAUGUGAACGGGCAAUAAGAGGUGUAAUACCUAUUUUAAAUGAAAAUAUUAUUAUAGAAACAAAGUUUAAGGAAGAUGUCAAAAAUGUGGUGAAUGAUACAACUAAUGACAAUAAAAUAAGUAAACUUUGCGAAAUAUCAGAAAAGUAUGGUCAUUUUUAUGCACGGCGUCUUAUUUUAGGUGGAACAAGAAUAAGGAAUGAGGAAUAUACUAAAAACUCAGCUAAAAAAUCCAAGGCAAAAGCUACUAAUCUACAAGGUGGAGUCGAAAUUGCAAGCAUUCUUAAAUCUGAGGUUAAUGUUGUUCAUGACAAUAUGAAUAUGGAUAAUAAUUAUCAUGACAAUACAAAUAACUUCGAAACCAUUAUUGGUGGAACAGAAAAUUCUCAAAAUAAAGAUCUUUGGAGACAAUCUCUUAAUGAUGAAACUAAGUGGAAAAUAAUCGGAUACGCUGAAGUUUAUUCAUUAUUUGAAUUAUUAGAUAAUGAAUUAAAAACAGAAGUGUUGAACAUCAUGGGCCAUCAAAUUUUAGAAGCCAAAAUCGAUGAAAUCUCUUUCAACACAAAAAAAUAUGAAAAAGAUAAAAAACCGUAUAUCUAUAAAGAGUUGCCAAAAAUUAAAAAUAUAAGCGAGUGCAAUAUUCUUGCAUCAAUUGUUAGCAAGGAAUACAAUGUAUUUUCACUACAUGUGGAUUAUAUGGGAGGAGAUAAAAACCGACCUGUGAUUGUUAUUCAUCAUAUUCAAGGUGAAAAGACUAUAAUAUCUCAUAAUAAAGUUAAAGAAGUUAAAAUUAAACUCGGAUGGAUUAUCGUUGGACCACAAACAAGCUUCGAUUUUAGUACAAAAUAUCCACCGAUAUUUAAAAGUAAGAAAUAUAAACUUCUUAAAGAUGAAGUGCCUAUAAUAAGUAACGAUGACGGCAUGUUUGGCACUUGCGUUUUAGAAGCGAUUAAUAUUACUCAAGCAGAAAAUAGCUCAGAUAAAGAAACGGAUACUUUUCCAAUAGAGCACGACCCAAGUAAGUUUUCGCUUGUCACUGGCAAUUACCUCAUACGCAAAGAGCCUGCAUGUCAAGAGCUUGCACAGUGGUUUGUUUAUGACAUUAAAAAAAAAGAACCAGUAACCAACGAAGAAGUCUUGAAAAGAUUUGUUUUCGAUAAAACAAAUUCUCAUCAAGUUGAAAUUAAAUGGAAGAAUAGGCCAAAUAAGAAAAUUUUAUAUAGUAGUGAAGGAAUUAAAAUCUCUAAUGAUAGUUUAAUUUUGGUGAAUCAAAUCUUUAACCAUGAUGAUUGUGAAGAUUGUCAACCUUUAGGAUUUAUUAAUAUCAUUGCCGAUAAAAUUUUUUAUGGGUCAUUAAAUUCAGAAAAUUCAAAACGCCCGAAUGUAAUUGUUUAUUUACCAAUUUCUCUUAAGUCUAUUGCUGAAAAAUAA